AUGGGUAUACACACAUCCCUGAAGGGUCUGGUUCUGCAAUCAGAAUGGGAGCCGGAAGAAUUGGCCAACCGCCGAGCCGCGGGGUACCCCGACCGAGUCGGGCGCGGGAGUGACACCGGAGGCGCGGGCUUCCACGUGCCUUCCCCACCCCGCGGGGACACAGGAUUUCCCCGGUCGGCCGCGCGCGGGGGCUCCCGGCGGCUGCGGGCUCGGAUCUCAGGGGCGCGGGGCUCCCGGGGGCGAGGCGGGCCCGUGGGCGUCACCGGAUUUUCCACCCGGGGACCUUCCGCCCCACGCGCGCCCCAGCUCCUGGGCGCUGCUCCGUGUCCGGUCCCCGCCCCCGCCGGGGUGUCCGCGGACCCCGAGCCCGGGCGGCGGGCCGGUCCUCCACGAGGCCGCACGGGCACCCGAGCCCAGCGCCAGGCUUCCGUCGGGGUGAGACGGGGUGCGGGGCCGGCGGGCUCCACGUCGGGGCGCUUCGGACGUCCCGGGCGGGCUGAGCGCCAGGGUGCGCCCCGGGGCGGCCUCGGGGACCGGCUGCGCAGCGCGGGAGCCACCGUGCGGGCGGCGCGGGGCACCGGUGCGGGGUCCCCCCCUCCCCUCGUGGCGGCCGCCCGGCGGCGGCGGCGGCGGGCAGGGCGCGAGCGAGCCGGCGAGAGAGCGAGCGACGCCCCGCGCCCUCUCCCACCGCCCCCGAGGCCCGGGGUGACGCCGGGGGCCCCACAAACUUCCCCAGAGGAAGGCUCGAGCUUGGAUGAAAUCGGCUUUAACUGGGGAGAAUAUUUGGAAGAGACAGGAGCAAGGGCAGCUCCUCAUGCGUCCUUCAAACACGUGGAAAUUAGCAUUCAGAGCAACUUCCAGCCUGGCAUGAAGUUGGAGGUGGCCAACAAGAACAACCCGGACACCUACUGGGUGGCCACGAUCAUCACCACGUGCGGACAGCUGCUGCUUCUGUGCUACUGUGGUUAUGGGGAAGACCGCAGGGCUGACUUCUGGUGUGAUGUGGUCAUAGCAGACCUCCACCCCGUGGGGUGGUGCACACAGAACAACAAGAUCUUGAUGCCCCCCGAUGCUGGCCCACCUGCUCCUCCAGCUGCUGCACCCGCUCCUUCCCCACGGAGUGUUCCCCCCGCAGCUGCUCCUCACAGGAGUCUCUCUCCACCUUCAACGCGGCCACCUGCUCUUCCAGGCCCUUCAGCUGUCUUCCACACUGGGCCCGCUCCUCCAGCGCCUGCUGGCACGCGUGGACUUGGGUCUGCAAGUCGGCCUUCUGGCUGGCCCACCUGCUCCUCCAGCUGCUGCACCUGCUCCUUCCCCACGGAGCGCUCCGCCUGCAGCUGCUCCUCACGGGUGUCUCUCUCCACCUUCAACGCGGCCACCUGCUCUUCCAGGCCCUUCAGCUGUCUUCCACACUGGGCCCGCUCCUCCAGCGCCUGCUGGCACGCGUGGACUUGGGUCUGCAAGUCGGCCUUCUGGCUGGCCCACCUGCUCCUCCAGCUGCUGCACCCGCUCCUUCCCCACGGAGUGUUCCCCCCGCAGCUGCUCCUCACAGGAGUCUCUCUCCACCUUCAACGCGGCCACCUGCUCUUCCAGGCCCUUCAGCUGUCUUCCACACUGGGCCCGCUCCUCCAGCGCCUGCUGGCACGCGUGGACUUGGGUCUGCAAGUCGGCCUUCUGGCUGGCCCACCUGCUCCUCCAGCUGCUGCACCUGCUCCUUCCCCACGGAGCGCUCCGCCUGCAGCUGCUCCUCACGGGUGUCUCUCUCCACCUUCAACGCGGCCACCUGCUCUUCCAGGCCCUUCAGCUGUCUUCCACACUGGGCCCGCUCCUCCAGCGCCUGCUGGCACGCGUGGACUUGGGUCUGCAAGUCGGCCUUCUGGAAUAACAUCUGUCACUGAGGUCAUCACCUGGGAACUUGCAGUUCAAGGCCAUCAUCGUUCUACACUGCUGUACCCAGUGCAAACCAGGACCCUGGAGGCCUCAGCCCUAGGGACUUCCUGAUGUGCCCAAGCUACAGGAGCUGGCCAGAGGAGACCAUGAC